AUGAUCCAGAAUGUGGCAUGUAUCGGAGCCGGCUUUGUAGGCGGUCCGCUGGGGGUCGUAAUUGCAUACAAGUGCCCGAAUGUCCGCGUCGUGGUGGCUGAUAAGAACGAGAGUCGAAUUGGGGCAUGGGCAAAUGGGUCACCCCCUUUAUACGAGCCCGACCUGAAUGAAAUGCUGGCGAAGGUGCAGGGUCGCGAGGAGACUCAACAAAAUCUGGAAUUCGUGACCAUGGUCGAAAGCGCGAUCGAACAAGCGGAUGUGAUCUUUCUCUGCGUCGACACUCCCACCAAAUCUUUUGGAACCGGUCGAGGGUGUGCAGCGGACCUGACCAACAUUCAAGGAGUCGCUCAUACUAUCGCCCAGGUGGCGAGGGGGAAGAAAAUCAUCGUGGAGAAAUCCACCCUGACCAUUUGCGGCUCCCCCUACGCUCAAUAUGAGAUUCUCUCCAACCCCGAGUUCUUGGCCGAGGGAUCUGCCAUCGAGAACCUGCUGAGACCCAGUCGCGUGCUGAUCGGGUCUGCGCAGACCGAGACCGGCAGACGAGCGGCGGAUUCUCUCGCAGCGCUUUAUGAGAUCUGGGUUCCCCGGUCCUCGAUUCUGCAUAUGGAUCGGUGGUCGUCGGAGUUGGCCAAACUUGCCGCCAAUGCGAUGCUCGCCCAGCGGAUCAGUAGCAUCAACUCCCUGAGCGCUAUUUGCGAGGUGGCCGGCGCUGGCACGGCCAAUGUCGAUGCCGUGUCGACAGCCUGCGGUCUUGAUCCACGCAUCGGGCCACACAUGCUGCGCGGGGGCAUCGGUUGGGGAGGAGGGUGUUUCCGAAAGGAUGUUCUAGACCUUGUGUAUAUUGCGCGUAGCCUGCAUCUUCACGACGUCGCAGCUUACUGGGAGUCGGUCAUUACCAUGAACGACUGGCAGCAGAGUCGGUUUGUGCAGCGCAUCAUCACCUGCAUGCAUGGAGGCAUUGCCGGACGUCGGAUCGCCGUGUUGGGAUUCCCAUUCAAGGAAAACACCUCAGAUACGAAAACCUCCCCAGCGAUCGGCGUGGUUCGAGGCCUUGUCGAAGAGGGUGCCAAGGUGUCGAUGCCAUGCAGCGUCCAAAGUAUGUUUUUGACGGCCGAAACCUUCUGGACGGGGCAUUCUUGACGCGGCUGGGCUGUCGAUACGUCCGAGUGGGCAGCUCAUCUGCUUGGGAUGGUGCGGGUUGGGCCAAUAUGGG